AUGGGUCAACGCCCCUCCAAACACGACCGCACCAGCGGCGCAUUCCAGAUGCAAACCUACCCAUCCAACACCCGCCAAUACACCCCAGAAACCGACAAAAAAGAAGUCCAAAUCGAAACAAAACUCAUCCCCUCCCCACCCUCCCUCCUCACCCUAAAGCCACUAUCCCCAGCCCUCCUCAAUCCCUUCACAACAACCAGCCACCAAACCCCUUGUCGACGCCAAAGCCUAAUUCUAUCAAAAAGAAACAGCAAGCGAACCCUCGCAGAAGACGACUACCACUCCACUCUCACAAGCUUCCUUCAGGAAUACAACUUCGUCUUCGUAGUCGACGACAGCACAAGCAUGCAAGACAACGGCCGUUGGCAAGAAGUCACCGACGUCCUUGCUUCCAUCGCCCCCAUCUGCGCGAACCACAGCCCCGAUAACACCGGAAUCGAUAUCUACUUCCUAAACCACCACGCUGUCUCUGAUACUUCGGAGCUGGGCGGGUACACGAACCUGCAGACAAGCACGCAGGUCAGGGAGAUAUUCAGCUCCAUUGAGCCGCGUGGCCCGACGCCGUUUGGGGCUCGCUUGAACCAGCUCUUGCAGCCGUAUCUGCGGCUGGUGGAGAACAUGAGAAUUGCCUAUUAUAAUUACCAAAAUAGUAAUGCUGGCUCUAGCUCUGCUCACAGCCCUGAUGAGUACAAUGAGACUGAACGACGGUUCUACGUUAAACCACUCUACGUCAUCGCCAUAACCGAUGGUGCGUUUACGGAUGAUGCAGUCAAGGAGCUCGUCCGUGCAGGUAAGAGACUGGAUAGAUGCCGUGCUGUGCCGUGGCAGCUGUACGUGCAGUUCCUGCAGGUUGGGCAAGAUGAGGGCGCGAGGGUGUUUCUGGAGGUAUUGGAGGGUGAUUUGAAGCGGGAGCGCGAACGGGAGGGGAUGGGGAGGGAGAUGGUUGUGUUUCCGGGCAAGGGGAUGGAAUCUAGUUACAGGUAUGGGGGUUUGAGUGCAGAGGGAGUGUUGAUGGGUGUUGUCAAGGCUGUUAGUAGUUGGGUUUGA